AUGGUCCUCAGCUUCAAAUUCCAAGUCCCUUCGCCUUGUGUCGGCAUAGCUUUUCUGUCUGCUUUGAGCCGUCAAGAGGCGGCGCCGGAUAAUUCCAAUCUUCUCAGUCGUGAUCCGCACCAGCUUAAACCAAAGUCAAUCAGCUCUUUCGCAGAGCUCAGCAAAUUGUUCCUUACCCAAUUCUUCUCGGGUAAGAAGAGUCGGAAGCCGACUGCCCAUCUGUUUACCCUCAAGCAGGGGAACAAGGAAACACUGAAGGACUUCAUUGUCCGUUUCAACGAGGAGGCGUUGUUAGUGGAAGACUAUGAUGAUAAAAUGACACUCUCAACCAUGUUCAACGGGCUCAGAGAGAGGAAGUUCACUUUAUCGACCGGGAAGAAUCCUCCAAUCACCUUGGCCGAGCUCAUUAGCAGAGCUCAUAAAUACACCAAUGCCAAGAAAUUCUCUAACUUUCACAGGACCGUACAAGUAGCCGAGCAGUCAUCUAAGGAGAAGAGGCUGAGAAACGAAGAACCUCAGUCAUCCAACAAGAAGCUCGAUGAUCGAGCCUCUCGCGAUUGCCGACCGAGCAGGAGGCUUGAGAGUAAAUUUCAUUCCAACACAUCUCCAGAGCAUAUCUUGUUGGACAUUAGGAGUCAGAAACUCUUGAACUGGCGGGUUUGGAUGAAGAUCGACGCAGAGAAUCGAGACAAGCGCGAGUAUUAUCAGUUUCAUCAUGACCACGGACAUAACAUAAGUGACUACAUGGACCUCAAAGAUGAGAUUAAGGUCCUCAUCUGUAAGGGUCAUUUGCGCCGAUACACCAAGCAGGAGAGAUCAGCCUGGAGAGAAGAGCAACCGAGCAAGCCGGCUAAAGAACUGGCCGAGAUCUGCACUAUCUACGAUGGCUCGUAUGGUGGAGGCGACUCGAACAAGGCUCACAAGCCCACUCCUGGAGUUCAGACUCCGAGCACUACGUCCACUUGGCCGAAAAGUCGAGGAAAGAACUUUGGGUCAGCCCCUGCAGCCUGA